UCGAACUCAUGAACGACAGCCUCUACGACUGGAAUGUGAAGCUCCUGAAGGUGGACGAGGACAGCGCCUUGCACAGUGACCUGCAGAUCCUGAAAGAGAAAGAAGGGGCGGAUUUCAUUCUUCUCAACUUCACGUUUAAGGAUAACUUCCCCUUCGACCCCCCCUUCGUAAGAGUGGUGUCGCCCGUACUCUCCGGAGGGUACGUCUUGGGAGGAGGAGCCAUCUGCAUGGAGCUUCUGACCAAGCAGGGCUGGAGCAGCGCCUACUCGGUGGAGUCGGUCAUCAUGCAGAUCAGCGCCACCCUGGUCAAAGGCAAAGCCAGAGUGCAGUUUGGCGCAAACAAAGUACGUGGCGGCAGAGUAUCUUCCUUUCCUCCCUCUUCUUCCUUCCUUCCUUCCUUCUUUCCUUCCCUAUCUCUGUAUCUACCCAUCCAUCCAUCCCCUCUCAUUUAUCAAUCACGAUUUCCAUCCAUCCUAUCUUAUCUAUUAUCCCCUUCCUUCCUGCUUU